CUCUUGCCUGGCUUUGAGCGGCGUGGCCAUGUACCCCCGGCAGUCGUUCCUUGUUGUUUUCAGAGUGUGACGUUGCUGCUUUAUGGGUGGAUUGGUGACUGCACCGGCACCUCAGGCAUCCCGCAACUCACUCAGCUGACUGAGCUUCGCCCAGGCCUCCAUCUUACCCACCCGCCACUCUACCGCUGCUCACUCGGCGAGGCAGCCGAGUCGGCGGUUGGUGUUGUAUGCUCAAGAGUGGCGUGCGGCGUAUGGCGACCAUGGCUUCUUCUCGCAGCUCGUGUCCGCCCCGUCUGUAUGCCCAGGUGAAUGCGACUCGUCCGCGGGAGUACUGGGACUACGAGAUGCUGCAGAUCAACUGGGGCAACCAGGACCACUAUGAGGUGGUCCGGAAGAUCGGCCGCGGCAAGUACUCUGAGGUGUUUGAGGGCAUCAACAGUGUGACUGGCGACAAGUGCGUCAUCAAGAUCCUCAAGCCCGUCAAAAAGAAGAAGAUCAAGCGAGAGAUCAAGAUACUGCAGAACCUCUUUGGCGGACCCAACAUUGUCAAGCUCCUCGACGUCGUCAGGGACCAACAGUCCAAGACGCCCAGCCUGGUGCGUGCGGAGGGAGAAUCGAUAAGCUAGGGAGGGCGGGGGGGGCCUGCCUGCCUGUGAUGUCGGCGCACACACACGCAGCACAUCCAUGCCCAUGCAUUGAAUAGUGGAUGGGUGUUUUUGUGUGUGGUGUGGUGUGUGGGUUCUGUUCUGUGUCAUCAUGAUGCAGAUCUUUGAGUACAUCAACAACACGGAUUUCAAGACCCUCUACCCCACACUGACGGACUACGACAUCCGGUACUACAUCUACCAAGUGCUUCGGGUGGGCAAUGGGGCCGGCGGGCGGGCGGGUCGGUGGAUUGACUGACUGAUGGGCGGGCGGGCAACACACUCACGCACUCUCUCGCUCACUCUCGUGGCUGGCUGGCUGGCUGGGUGCGGUUGGUGCAUUUGGUGUCUGUGCCUGUGCCUGUGCCUGUGUGUGUCAGGCUCUUGACUACAGCCACUCACAGGGCAUCAUGCAUCGUGACGUCAAGCCACACAAUGUCAUGAUCGACCACGACAAGAGGUCAGUCAGUGAGGUGCGCAUGCGCACCGGGUGUUGACUCAAUGCAAUGAAGGUGGAUGUGUGGUGCGCAUAUGAUAUGUGUGCAGGCAUCUUCGUUUAAUCGACUGGGGUUUGGCUGAGUUCUAUCACAUGGACAGGGAAUACAACGUCAGGGUAAGUAGUGGGUCACGAAGGGAGGGAGGCGCCAACGACUCCCUCACACGACGUGUGCGGCAUUCCAGUGCCUCUCUCUCUGUGUGUCUGUGUGUGUGUGUGUGUGAUUGAUAGGUAGCGUCUCGUUAUUACAAGGGUCCCGAGUUGCUGGUGGAUUUGCAGCACUAUGACUACUCGCUCGACGUCUGGAGCCUCGGAUGCAUGCUGGCAGGAAUGGUCAGUCAGUGACUGAUUGCUGGUGCAGCCAGCGUGUGCUGUCUGGGAUGCUGUGACAACCAACCGUGGAGGCAGUGGUGUGCCUGUCGGUGUGUUGGUGGUUGUGUGUGUGCAGGUGUUUAAGAAGGAGCCCUUCUUCCACGGCCACGACAACUACGACCAGCUCGUCAAAAUCGCACGCGUCCUCGGUCAGCGUAUGUCCACCACACCGAAUCAAUCGCACAUACGCACACACACGCGCACAUCCAUGGUGUGAUGUGGUGUGGUGUGGUGUUUUGUGAUGUGUCGUGCAGGGACGGACGGGCUGUACACGUAUGUGGACAAGUAUCAGCUUGAGCUGGACCCGCACUUCGAUGACAUACUGGGCAGGUCGGUGAAGUCAGACCACACAGGCAGCCAGCCAGCCAGGCAGUCGUAUGUGUUAUAUUUACUUGUGUGAGUACUUGGGUGCUUCUGCGCCGUGCCGUGUGUUGUGUGUGGGGUUGUGUUGUGGUUGGUUCAACCAGGCACAGUCGAAAGCCGUGGAGCAAGUUCAUCACGCCCGAGAACCAGCACCUGGUGUCCAACGACGUCAUCGACCUCAUCGACAGAAUGCUCGUAUACGACCAUGUAUGUGAACAUGUUCCCACACACUCCCCUACCCUAGCCACCCGCCCAGCCCACUCGUUUGUCUUUGUGUGUGUGUGUGUGUCAGGCUGAGCGCAUCGUGCCCCGUGAGGCGAUGCAGCACCGGUAUUUCCAGCCCAUUCAGGCGGAGCUGCAGCGUGACGAUGCGGCGGCCAGUGCGGCCAUGCAGGACGUCCCUAACCCGCACAAUGACGCCCAGGCCGGGCCCAUGCCCUCACAGUCGGCCUCCAUGAGAUGACGGACGACACACGCAGGGGAGGGAGGGAGGGAGGUACGGGUGGUGGCCUUUCGCUUUUGUGCCUGGAGAGAUGGAUGGGUGGGUGGGUGGGUCCAUUCCAUCCAUCCAUGAGCAGUCAGGGAGUGAGUGAGCGGGGGAGUGGGUGCCGUUUCUCUCCUCUCGUGUCAUUCAUGUCCACUCAUCUGCCUGUCACGUCCCUCCCUCCCUCCCCCUCCUCUGUCUGUAGACAGGCGAGGCCUGCCUGAGUGAGGUAGGGAUGUGUGUGCUGUGUUGUGUUGUGUUGCCUUGGUUGAUGCACGCUUGAUACGCCGCAUCCCGUAAGUGAGCCGCUCUGUGGCGUGCACACGGAAUCGCAACACACACAGACAUGACAGACAUCACAGACAUGGCAGGCAGGCAGGCUCCCUCCCUCCCUCCGUCCCUUCCCUCUUGUGCCGCACACACAGGCUUCUCUGCUGCGUGCGAAGUCGGUAUUUCCUGUCUGCCUGCCUGCCUGCCUGUCCCUACCUCUUGCAUGUCGAUAUGCCUGCCUGCCUGCGUGCGAAGCAGUACCUCUGCCUGCCUGCUUUGCUUCCCUCCCUCCCUCCCUCAAGUGUUCGCUGUGUGUCGACUGACAAGCAAGCCAAGCUCUGGCGGCGGCUGGUGGGUGGUGGGUGGGCUGAUACAUGCGGACACUGACUGACUGACUGACUGAGAGACAGACUGACUGAUUGAUGGUAUGUAGUACAAUAAACAGGUAUUUGUCAC